AUGGCCGGGGGGCCGGGCCCGGGGGACCCUGCGGCCCCCGGCGCGCACCACUUCUUGUACGAGGUGCCGCCCUGGGUCAUGUGCCGCUUCUACAAAGUGAUGGACGCCCUGGAGCCCGCCGACUGGUGCCAGUUCGCCGCCCUGAUCGUGCGCGACCAGACGGAGCUGCGGCUGUGCGAGCGCUCCGGGCAGCGCACGGCCAGCGUCCUGUGGCCCUGGAUCAACCGCAACGCCCGCGUGGCCGACCUCGUGCGCAUCCUCACGCACCUGCAGCUGCUCCGCGCGGACAUCAUCACCGCCUGGCAGCCUCCCGCCCCCCUUCUGCCUCCCUGCACCGCUGCCCCGACGCCCAGCAGCGCCGCUGCCCCCCCGGAGCCUGACGCCUCCCGCCCCCGGAAGCCGCUGUCGUCCACGUCCACCCUCCUCUCCCAGGUAAGGGCGCCCCGGCCGGCUUUUCCAGGCGGGCCCACCCAUUCUGGAGCAGAGCGCACACCGGGCCCUGGCCUGGCUCCUCUCCCACCGCCAGCACCGUCUCCGGCCCCUUCCUCCUCCAAGACCAGCCCAGAGAGCCCUGUGUCCCUUCUGCAGGGGGCCCACCUCUCUCCCUUCUGCUGGCCCCCCCACGAGAUUUCCCAGGGCACCCACAACUUCUCAGAGGAGCUCAAGAUCGGGGAAGGCGGCUUUGGGUGCGUGUACCGGGCCGUGAUGAGGAACACCGUGUAUGCUGUGAAGAGGCUGAAGGAGGAGGCGGACCUGGAGUGGAGCGCCGUGCGGCAGAGCUUCCUGGCCGAGGUGCAGCAGCUGUCACGGUUCCGUCACCCAAACAUCGUGGAGUUUGCUGGCUUCUGCGCUCAGGGUGGCUUCUACUGCCUGGUCUACAGCUUCCUGCCCAACGGCUCCCUGGAGGACCGCCUGCACGGCCAGACCCAGGCGCACCCCCCUCUCUCCUGGCCUCAGCGACUGGAUAUUCUGCUGGGCACGGCCCGUGCCAUUCAGUUCCUACAUCAGGACAAGCCCAGCCUCAUCCACGGAGACGUCAAGAGCUCCAACGUCCUCCUGGAUGAGCGACUGAUGCCCAAACUGGGGGACUUCGGCCUGGCCAGGCUCAGCCGCUUCUCGGGGGCCAGCGCCGGCCAGAGCAGUGCCGUGGCCCGGACACAGACGGUGCGUGGUACGCUGGCCUACCUGCCUGAGGACUACGUCAAGACAGGACGGCUGGCCGUGGAUACCGACACCUUCAGCUUCGGCGUGGUGCUGCUGGAGUCUCUGGCUGGCCGGCGGGCUGUGAGCAUGCAGGGCGCCAGGACCAAGUAUCUGAAGGACCUGGUUGAAGAGGAAGCCGAGGAGGCCGGGGUGGCCCUGCAAAGCACCCGGACGGCGCUCCAAGCAGGUGUGGCCGCAGACACCUGGACCACACCAGUCGCCGCCCAGAUCUGCAAGAAACACCUGGACCCCAGGCCUGGGCCGUGCGCACCGGAGCUGGGCCUGACACUGGCCCAGCUGGCUUGCUGCUGCCUGCACCGCCGGGCCAAGAGGAGACCUCCCAUGAUGCAGGUAUACGAGAGGCUGGAGAGGCUACAGGCGGCAGGGGCAGGGCCCUCGCCGGAGCCAGAGGCUCCCAUCCGUGGCACCCCGUCCCCACAGGAGAACUCCUAUGUGUCCACCACCGGCAGUGUCGUGAGCCACGCCAGCCUGUGGCCGCCCCUGGCAGCACCCUCAGGCGUCCUGGCCCGGGCUCCAGAGCGAGCUCAGAAAGGCACCAACCAGCCUGCAGAGAUUGACGAGAGUGUGCCCGGCCUGUCUGCUGCCCUGCACUCCUGGCACCUGGCCCCGAGCUGUUCCCCAGACCCGGCUCUGCCAGGCAUCCCUGGGCCAGGGGCCACCCUGCAGGCCCCACCAGCCCUUGGGCAGGCCAGCUGCACUCCAGGGGGUACCGGCCAAGAGUCAAGUUGGGGAAGUGGCCCGGGGCCCCGAGCCACAGCUGUGCAAGGGGCGCUCCCGGGCAGCUCUGUAUCGUCGCAGGCACCGCAGAUCGUCAUCAACCCGGCCCGCCAGAAGAUGCUGCACAAGCUGGCCCUGUACGAGCACGGGGUCCUGGACAGCCUGCAGCUGCUGUCGUCCGCCUCCCUGCCAGGCUUGGGCCUGGAACCGCAAAGCAGGCAGAGGCCCGAAGAGAGUGAUGAAUUUCAGAGCUGACCCGCCACUUGGGCAGACCCCGCAACCCGGAAGUCAAGUUCU